UUCUCUGUGCCUACCUUGCCCCCCUUGGGAACUGGAACAGGGGACCUCCUUGGGAGGCUCAGUGAGAGCCACGGGGGCCCAUCCACAGGCCAGUGGUUCGCACCCUCUCUUGCAAGCACCCCUGGCUCCCGUCCUUGGGUCUUCAUUCCUGGGACUUACCCUUUUCUGGAAAAUUGUCUCCUUCGCUGCCUCUGUUCCCCAUUAGCCCAUUGGCUCCCCACACAUGGUGGUUUGUCUCCAUCAACUUGGUUGGGUGCCCAGAACCUAGACCAGGGCGUUCAGCUCGGAGCGGUGACCAGUGUGCAAGUGAUAGCGGUAGCUGCUGCCGCCGAUACUGAUAUGGUCAUUGUUGUCACUUCGUAUAUGUGUGACUUGGAGAAAAGGUGACCGCUGAGUCCUCUAGCCUUUCCCAGGGCUCAGGGGGUUAGACACACAAAUGGGGUUCUCCUGUCACCGCCCCCCACCCCUCACGUCUCCUUGUGGCAGCCCCAGAAUGUUCCAGGCCCCCAUCCCUAUCCAGAUCCCAGCUGAGCGUCGGUGGGGAGUGAAGGAGCAACUUAAGCCCUGGUGGAGCUCGUAUUUAUUUAGCACCUGCGGGGGGUGAACCGUGAGCGGGCAGCUGACGCCAGGCAGCCUCGCAGAUGAGGCUGCUGAGGCCUGGAGCGGGCGGGGGGCAGCUACCUGCCCCGAGUCCACAGAUGACCAGUAGCCGGGUCGGGCCUUCCUUCCCCGGGGGCCACGGUGGCUGUCUUAGGAGCAUCGGCUCUCUUGGUCCUCACGGCUGCUGGGUGAGGGCGGGGAACGAGCCGCCCUCACGUUCCUGCUUCAAGAACUGAGCCCCAGUGACUGGGCUGUUUGGGAGCACCCAGGCCUGGGGGGUCCCCGGAGCUGGGGUAAGGAGGGGGUCGCAUGGGUGUGUGUCUGACAGGCCUGGAGAGGGACCCAAGAUUCACCCUCUCCAAGCCUCAGUUUCCUCAUUUGGAAAUUGGGAGCAUCGUGUGGGGAAUCGCCUUGAUGUGAUGGAGGCCUCCAAGUCAGUGUCAGGCAAGCCCCCACUGUCCGUGAAAUAAUGCAGGGUGGGGACGGGGGGGGGGCUGGUCCAGGCCCCCCAAGGGUGCUAACGGGUAGGGCCUCGCCACCUGGAUUGUGUGACAUUCUCACUUCCCCAUGUGUCUCAGCUUCUCUGCCUUCCUGGCCUCCGCAGGGGAGGUGAGGGGGACAGAGGUGCCUGGAGCCAUACGUGCCUGGGUCCUUGACAGACCUUGACUGUCACUUGGGGGUGUAGGCAGAGGCUGGGGGACUAGAGCCCUGUCACCAGCGGGGGUCCCUAAUUAAUUCUGCCAAGGGGUCAGCCCCUUCCGUACAUCUAGUGUCUCAUUAAUAUUCAGUGGGUUAUUAAUAUUUAGUACUGUGUGUAUAUAUAUGCAACAAAUCAUGACUAUUCAGUGACGGUGUCUCUUCAGGGCUGUUUAGUGCCUCAUUCAUAUCAUAUUCAUUGUGAUAAUAUGCAUAUUCAUUCAUGCGUCACAAACGUGCCUUGCCACUAUUCAUUGUUGCCUUAUAAGUAUUUCAUAUAUUAUAAAUGCUGGGUGCCUCCUACAUAUUUAACAGGUCAUGAAUAUUCAGCACCUCACUAAUAUUCAGUGCUUCUUGCUCAUUAAAUGCAUCCUGAAUAUUUUAGUGCCGUGAAUAUCUGGCCCUUUGAGCACAUUAGGAGUGUUCGGAGUCAGGAAUAUUCAGUGCCUCUUGGUCCUGCCCCCUUGGCUCCGAGGAUGUGCUUGCUGACUCCUCAGGACUGAAUCACCUGCAUCCCCAAGGUCCCGGGUAGGGGACAGCGGCAGCUGCUGCCUAGAACGGGGUUAGCCUGAAGUGAGGCUCAAGGAAGUAGCCAAUAUGUGAGUCAUCGUUAGCAUUUUUCCUCAUGCAACGAACAGCAGUGAGCACCAACUGGGGACAGAGCUGUGAGGGCCAAGAUGCUGGGCCCCACCUCCGGAGCUCCAGGCAGGCUGGGGAGAUGGACAGGAGGGAAGUGAGCAGUUUUGUCUAAUGGUGGUGAGAGCAGCAGAGGAAAGCAGAGCCGGGGUGGGGUGUUUUAGCUGGGAGGUUGGGGCGUCUCUAAGGAGAUGAUGUUGGGCGGAAACCUGAAGAUCAAGGAGAACCAGGGGGUAGAGCGGGAGAGAGGGGCGUCCGAGGUGGAAGGAAAGGCAGGUGCAAAGGUCCUGUGGCAGGGCUGAGCCUGGGUGUUUGAAGGAGCUGUGAAGAGGCUGGUGUGGCAAGAGUGGAGGAAAGGGGGCAGUGGACAUGGGGCGGGAGGAGAAGGAGAUUGAGAGCACCCCAGGGGGAGGCUUUGGGGUUGCAGCCAACAAAAACUAGUGGUUUUGCUAUGUGCGCUGCAGGAAGCAGGCUCUGAGUGAUGGUGAAGUUGCAACAGUGCAUGGAGGGCAAACAGCCCCGAGCAGGAUUGGCCGGUAUUGCAGUGGGGGGACUGGGUGAUGGGCCCUGAGAGUCAGCCCGGACAUCACUGCUGUGACUCUGUACGCCGUGGCACUACUGUCUGUAGGGAGGAGCAUGGAGGGGGCCCUGCCACAUGCAAGCAAUAUAUGGAUGUGUUCAUCCGUCACAUGCCUGAUGGAUCUUCCUGGUUUACAUGGCAUCGUGUCCCGAAGGCUCUCGCCCAGACACCACGCCUGGGUCGCCUGCUGCCCCAUAACGGCCCCUCGUGAAAGGCUCAGAGACUUCUCACAUUUUGUUCUCCCUGGUCCAUCCUUCUCUGUCCCCCACAUCCGGGCUCUAAAUGUUUUUUCUCUUUUUUUGGCCACGCCACACUGCAUAUGGGAUCUUAGUUCCCCAACCAGGGAUCGAACCCGUGCUGCCUUCAGUGGAAGCAUGGAGUCUUAACCACUGGACCGCCAGGGAAGUCCCAGGCUCUAAAUAUUGAUGACUCCCUUCAUCUUAUUUGCUGAACUCACCCACGUCCCUGUACCCCGCCAGCCAGCCCCUAUCCAGGUCCCCAAAUUCUUCUUCUUGGUUGCUGCCCUGGCCUCUAACUCCUGCCCUGAUCGCGUUUUCCCCUUCAGUGGCCCCACGGGGGACUUCUUCAAAGCGUAACUCAAUCUUGUCCUUCCCCUGCUCACACACCGUCCAUGGCUCCCCAUUGCGCCUCACCUGCAACAUAAGAGCUGCUUUGUGGUCUGCCCCAUUUCCUGUUCCUCCCCCACCAUCAUCUGGCAACCCUGCCUGUAUCUCCCUCCUCCUCCACUUCUCCAACCACACCGCCUCCUCUCUCUCCCUUUGAUAACCUAAAUUUGUGCCCACCUCAGGGCCUUUGCACUUGCUGUGCCCUCUGCCUAGAAUGCCUGUCCCCUGGGGCUCUGCCCAGGUGAUUUCCCUUCAUCCUUCAGGAUGUCCCCAGGCUGGUCAGGUCCCUCCCCUGCCAGGGAUCCCUCCUUCUUCAACAGCAUUUAUCGCAGCUGCGACUAAACAAAUCACUUCCUCAUGUAUUAAUAUCAUAAAAGAAGGGCUGGCUUGGCCAUGCCUAUGUCCCCUGCACCCUGCAUACAGUAGGUGCUUAGUAAAUACUCUAUGGCCCACAAGUCAGUGCAACAAGUAAAACGGUUGGAUUCGUACAUGUUCAUAGACACUCCUGCUUUAUGCUGAGCCUCAGUAUCCCCAUCUGUAAGUGGGGGCACUUAAAGGAGCCAGGACAAUGAACCAAGGUCACUGAGGUUGUCAUCGCAUAGUCAACGUAUGCCAAGCCCUUUAAUACUCAAUAUGGAGUGACCCAUUGUGUGUCUGUGGGGCAGGGAGUAUUCUCAGCACUUCCAUGUGCUAAUGAGGAAAUAGACUCCCAAGGGGAAGUGACUCACCAAGGUCAACUCAGAGCAAAGAGGUACCAUUCAACAAGGAAUCUGACCUCUCUGCUUCCUGGUCACACACCUCCAUGGCUCGCCCAUGCCCCCAGGAAACAGCCCCACUACUCAGCCUGGCGUUCAAGGUCUUUACAGGGUUUGGCCCCACCUCUUAGCCUCAGAAAUCAACCCCUCUCCAAAUUCUGCUUUUCAGCAAAAUAAACUACACAUGAUUCCUUCAAUAGGCUUUGUUUUCUUUCCCUUCCUUGCUUUUGCAUUUGCUCUCUUUGCUACCUGAACUCCCCUUGGUGAACUCAUAUGCAUCCUUCAAAACCUCAGCUUCAAUAUCCUGAUCCAUUCUUCUGGCCCAUCCCUGAUCCCACAGGUGUCUGGACUUGUCUCCCCCAGAUUGAGGGCUUCUGGGGGCCAGGCCCAGGGUUGAGGCUUCUCAAUUCCUCCAGAACCUAUUUGUUGAACGAAUGAAUAGUUUUCAUAUAUGUGUUUUGAGAUAAGAGCCACUGAGACCCUUCUCAGAGCUGAAGGACUUGGAGAUACUGUGGAUUUCUGUGGUAAUGUGAGUCACCCACUGGGCCACCUUGGGACGACUCUCUGAGCUUCAUUUCUCCAGCUAUGAAAUGGGGGUGGGGAUUCCUCCAGAGUUAUUCAGACCCCACAAACUUCAGAGUGAGCAGCUAUUUGGGCUUCCACAAGCCCAAUCCUUCCAGAACUGGAGAGGGUAGACAGGAGAGUCUUGUGUGGGGUCAGGGAAUCGAAAGCAGACCUGAGAGGAACUUCUCACCAGCCAUACAGCCCCACCAGCAAAGUCCCCAGAGCUGCCGCACAGUCGCUUAGGAGGAAGUAAUACUAAGAGGCUUCCCAUCCUUGGCUAAGUGGAGCCCGUAAGCCUCAGCUUUUCCCACGGUAGGUGUGAGGUCCCAGCCCAUUUAGAAAGUAAGGCCCGUAAGGAGAGGCUGGGGACUACCUGGGAUACAGCCCACUGAGACACCCAGCAAGGUAUCCUGGACCAGUAAAUCCCCAGCACUUUCAGCCUGGCUGAAAGCGGGGCCUGGAGUUUCUUUUUUAUGCCAGUCUGGAUGUGGGAUGUUGUGAGUUUGGAAACAUUUGCCGCUUGAAGUUCUAAGGGGCCAUGAGUUAGGGGUGGAGGUAGCCUUGGUGGCUGGAAAAGGGAAGGGGAUCUGGGAUGCAUUAAUAGAGGUCUAGUGUAAGGGGAAGGGGACGUGAGCCUCCAUCCCUUCCACCCCCAACUUGAGCUCUCAGACCCCAGUCAGGAGCCUUAUGGGGGUUGGGAGGGUGAAGUCGCUGUAAGAUCCCUCCAUUUAAAGAAACCAGAGACCUGGCAAGAAAAAGUUGGGAAUGCAGGUAGCCAACAAAGAUUAAGUGUUUCAUAUGCAAAGGGAUCUUACAAAUAAACAAGAAAGAAAAUGCAAGGAAAAGAACAGGCGUUAAUGGAUUUAAUUAAAACCAAAUGGCCACCCCCAAGAGCUUCUAUUUCGCCCAGAUACCCUGAUCCCAGUGAUAUGACCCAUUUAGUCAUUUUACCUCUUCUCACACCUUCCCCUCCCCAAUGUCCAGGUUUGGCUGAGUUGUAAAUAUUUCUAUUUGUUGAGGUAUCUUUCUUUGUUUUGGAGCUCUUGUUUGGCACUAAACACAUUCCCAGCCAACAGAUCCUUGGCCAUUUAGGUUUGAUUUUCUAUUUAAAUAGAAAUAAAUACUCCGUCUAAUGAACUUAACUAAACCUAUAUAUCAGGCUUCUUUGUUCAGUCCCUCAUUCUCCUCUCUGGAUCCUUCCUCCUUUUGAGUUCUCUGUUCUGGUUUCUGUGUUUAUUUAGACCAGGAUUUCUCAAUCUUGAAAAUGCUGGAUCAUCUUCUGUCAUGGGGCCGUCCUGUGCCCUAUAGGAUGUUAAUUUAAGCAGCAUCUCUGGCCUCCACCUGCUCGAUGCCAUUAGCAGUCCCAUAUCUCCACCCUGCCCCAAUCAUGAUAACCAGAAAUGUCUCUAGACAUUGCCCAUGCUUUAGGUGCCAGAGGCGAGAGCGAGGAGAACCCAGACGAGCACAGACAUCCUGAGGCAAUCUUAGACACUCUCUGCUUCCCCCAUGUGUUUGCCUCAUGCUGGGCAAUGCCAGGACCCUCAAGAAGCCCCCGGUCUUGGGACGAAAAAGUUAGAGAUCAUGAUGAAACCGUACACCUCAGAUUGGGACUUGAAACCACGUGCUGGGUCUCGAACCCAGCCUAAACCCAGACUGACACUUGGACUCGAACCCGGCCAAAACCCACAGUCUUCCUACUGAGAUCACACACCAUAUCAGGAGCUGCCCAGGGGUCUCUUCGGACCAAUCCCAAACUCAGGCGGACCAGAAUGAGGUGUUCUCGGCACCUGCGGACAGAGUUGGGCCUGGCUGUGGCUCUGGGCACCUUCACCCUCCUCCUUCUCUCAAUCUGCAGGUCACCACCCACCUGCCCAGGCCUGAAGGAGCCACCGGGCACCCCCGUGGCUCUGGUCUGGCCCUCGCCACCCUCCCGCCCACCGCCCACCCCCUGCCUGGCCAACUCCUCCAUGGCCGCCCUGCCGGACUUCGCCAGGCAGCCGCAGCACAUCCGCAACUUCCUGCUGUACAAACACUGCCGCGAUGUCGUGCUGCUCCAGGACGUGCCGCCUGACAAGUGCGUGCAGCCAGUCUUUCUGCUGCUGGUGAUCAAGUCCUCGCCCAGCAAUUACGAGCACCGGGAGCUGGUGUGGCUCAGGUGGGGCCGUGAGCGCCAGGUGCACGGCGUCCAGCUGCGCCGCCUCUUCCUCGUGGGCACGGACCCCAACCCGCCGGAGACGCGCAAGGUCAACCGGCUGUAGGCCAUGGAGGCGCGGAUGCACGGUGACAUCCUGCAGUGGGAUUUCUACGACUCAUUCUUCAACCUCACGCUCAAACAGGUGCUCUUCCUACAGUGGCAGAAGACACGAUGACAUGCCAGUUUUAUGCUCAACUGGGAUGAUGACGUCUUUGCCCACCCAGACAACGUGGUCACCUACCUUCAGGGUGACAACCCUGACCACCACCUCUCUGUGGGGCAGUUGACCCACAGUGUGUGCCCCGUCCGCCUUCCCUGGAGCAAGUACUGUGUGCCGAAGGUGGUGACAGAGGAGGAACACUACCCGCCCUACUGCAGGGGUGGUGGCUUCCUACUGUCCCGCUUCACAGCCACCGCCCUGUGCCACACACCCGCCCUGGACCUCUUCCCCAUUGAUGAUGUCUUCCUGGGCAUGUGCCAAAAGAAGGAGGGCUCACACAGUGGUAUCCUCACGGCCGGUAUUCAGGCCCCCUCCAGCCACCUGUCCUCCUUCGACCCCUGCUUCUACCGAGAGCUGCCGCUGGUGCACCGCUUCCUGCCCUACGAGAUGCUGCUCAUGUGGGACGUGCUGAACCAGCCCAACCUCACCUGUGACAAGUGGACACAGAUCUACACAGAGGUGGAGUCAGGGCCCCCAGCCUCGAGGCUACUGUCUCCAUCCCCAUAGAAAGGGCAGCAGCUUCCUUCCCGGAAGCUGAGACCUUUGUCCUCCUAAGUGGGAAGGACCUAGGAGAGUACCAGGGAGGUUGGAUGAGUCUGGCUGGUGAAUUCCUACACAUCCUUCAAAACUCACCUAGUACUGCCUAGACCGUGUUCCAUCAUCCUCCCUAGACUCUCAGCUGGAAGGACCAUCUCUUUCCAUGUCAGCUAAUGGCAGAAGCACUUCUGCUAGGGCCCCAGCUGCUGCUGCUGCAUCCAUCCCUUUUCCAUGUCCCACUUCCUAGCCCUGACCUUGAUCGUGGGCUGAAGCCUAAGCAGUGACCAGCCUCUCCUUGGUUGUGAACCUGCGACGGUGGGUGAAUUCCUGCAAUGGUUUGAGGACACCUGGGUCCACAUGCAGCCGAAGCAAGAAGGAUUUUUCAGCUGGGAAGAGAGGGUUUCUGUUCUCCACCCCUCCCUGGAUCUUGGACCCCUCAGAUGGUGGGAGGGGCCAGAGAGUCUGGGAAUGGGACCACCCCCUCCCUGCUUGUGGCUUCAAGUGCUCUAAUGCUGGAAACAUUGGGCAGAGGAGGGAGGGAGCUAUCUCAGGCUAUGGGAGCUCAGAGUUUCUGGAGUCCCUGACAGGACCCAGCCCCACACUGGUGCUCCCCAACAAUACAGGAGAGAGUAUUGGGGCAAGAGGGGUCUUCCCUGGGCCCAAGGCCAGCACACACACCUUAGUGCCCAGAGAAGGGGGAUAUUCAGGUCCUUGGGAAUCCCUAAGUUCUCGGGACCCAGGACUGGCCCCCGCCCCUGUGUGUCUCUCAGACUGGGGAGAUCCAAGUGAACUGGUGACCCCCCCAGCCCUGCCACCCUCGGACAGGUGUCUGAGACAGGCUUCACAGGGAUUGGGGCAGUGGCAAAGGGGGCUUCACACAGCAGAGUGAGGACUGGAGACCAGGUCCUCAGGGAAUAAAAUGUUUUGCAAAGACUUAGAGGUCUUUUUUUUUGUUUUUUUAAGUGAUUUACAAGUUUUAACUCAGAUCAGUCUACAUUCAUCCUUAAAAUCUCACUUCCAGAAGAAAAUAUACACCAGUAAAACAGGGCAAGGAUGAAGUAGAGGCUAUGGAAGCGUCUGUCAGGCAGAUCUCACAUCAUCCUCCCCUGCCCCCCCCACACCCUCCAUGGCUCCCUAUUGCCCUCAGCUUACAUUCCCCCCUGCAGACUGAUUCUCACUGCCAGCUUGAUGGCAGGCUCCGGAGAGAGAGGCACAGCGGUGAUACUGCUCCUAGCUGCAUGGGAUGCUGGACCCACCUGCUUCUGGCAAGGCUCCUUCUGAAUCCCGCCCCGCCACCACACAGCCUCCCCUCUCUUCCCCGGGCUCACCUCCUCUCACUGGGGCUACAGCUCUACUGUCCUCUGUCCCACUCCUUGUGUCCCCUCUUUAAGUAUUUAUUGUGCACCUACUGUGUGCUACACACCUUGCCCUGUACUCCUCCUCCCAGCCCCAUGGGAAAGGUCAGUGGGCACUGACCCACCUUAUAGUGAGGACACAAACCUGUGAACAGUGAAACAGGAAGUUACCAGAAGUGGUAAGAACUUUGAGGAGAAUUAAAAUGAGGUAAUUGGACACACGGUGUUGGGGACGGGCGCUAGCCAGGAAGGAAGUCGGGGUUGGGACUGCAGAGAUGGGGCCUGAAGGAGGAGGUUAUGGCCUUGGGAAGAAUUGGGAGGAGGAUGUUCCAGGCAGAGGAUACAGCAUAUGCAAAGGCCCUGAGGUGAGCUGAUCAAGAGCAUUUAAAUUGCAGCCAGGAAGCUGUGACUGGAGGUGGGUAAGGAGAUGGAGGGAGAGGGGACAGGAGAUCACAGGGACUAGUCACAUGGGGCCUUGUGGGUUUGGGUGAGGAGAGAGGGUGUUGUUUUGAGGGUUACGGCAUCUUUGGAGCAAGGAAAUGACAUGAUUAAUUUUAUUUAUUUAUUUAUUUAUGGCUGCGUUGGGUCUUCUUUGCUGCACACGGGCUUUCUCUAGUUGCGGAAAGAGUGCUCCUCCCCUGCUGCAUCGGGUUGAAUAGCAUCUCACAAAAGUUCCCAACCACCUGGCACCUCAGAAUAUGGCCUUAUUUGGAAAUAGAGUCUUUGCAGAUGUAAUUAAGACUCGCUUACGUCGCUCGCCGCGCACUGAUUCCCGCUCCUGGCAGGGGGCGCAUCCCCCGUGGACUUGCACACACCCGCGCAGCCGGUAGGUGGACCCCAGAACAUGCAUGCAAACCCGUCUGCAUGCACCUGCCCCACGCCCGGCCCCAGAGACCUCACAGCACAGUCCUCGCCCGCCCCUACUCACGGUCGCCGCCGGCCACAGGUCGCCCAUCCUCGGAGGACCAGCGCGGGCCCCCGCACAGCCGCACCAGCGCGCGCACGAUGUGGUGGCCGCACAGCUUCUCGGGUGAUUCCUGGGCGAGGGCAGGGCCUAGGGCGAGCGCCAAGGCCGGGCCCAGCAGCACCAGCGCCCAGGUGAGCCGACGGGGGUCCAUGGCUGCGGGAGGCACCGGGCCCCAGCGGGGAUCCCCCUUAUAGGCGCUGGUCCGCCCCAGCUGGGAGCCUUGGAGGGGGAAAGAGCAUUCCUGCAGGAUGGUCCAGGGAGAAGGUCAAGGGCAGGGUCAGGGCAAGCAUACUGGAGCCCCUGAUAGUUGGGUUUCCUUUUUUUUAUGAUAUAUGAGUGCCUGACAACGUUUGAUUGCGGAAGCAUUGGCUUCAGAGAUGGCUCCCCAAUAAAUGUGACUAGGUAAAGGGCCAGGCCACCUCCUCCCGCUGAGGCACCUUUGUUUUACACAUCUCAGCUGACUGCAGUCACUGACCACUUGGGCCACUUGGUUGCUUGUUUUGUUUUCUCUUCUUAUGCUUUAUAUUCCAACCUAUGUUAAAUUCACCAAUAAAGAGUGAGCCCACGAACUCUUAGGCUCCCACCCUUGACCCCAGUGAAAGCAGGACCCCAGACCCACACUGCUCUCUCUACCCAGGACCUUGCUCUGUGGCCCCGGGAGUGCUGUGUAAUUUCCGGGUGUGCUGUGUAAUUUAUAAGUAAUAAACCUUUAUUUUCUCAAAGUUU